AUGGCGGGAAGGACCAGAGGAGGAAGAUCAGAGAGGAAUAAGGAGUUGGAGACGGUAAGAGAAGAACUCCGAGAAGUAAGAAGAGAGUUGAGAGAAACUAUUGAAUUGAUGAGAGGCCAGGGUUCCAGGAGAGCAGGAGGUACCCAGGGCCAUGAGGAUUCAGGUCACUCACAUAGGAGGAGCCGCACUGAGAGGCCAGUAAUGAGCCAAAUGGAAGCAAUGAAGAGGUUCAUGGUGAUGCAACCUCCAUCUUUUAAUGGAGAGCCUAGUGCUGAAGCAGCUGAGCAUUGGUUGAGGAGGAUGAGAAGAAUUCUGGUGGGACUGGACAUACCUGAGGAAAGAAGGGUAGGUUUGGCAGCAUAUAUGCUUGUGGACAAAGCUGAUUUCUGGUGGGAAUCAAUGAAAAGGGUGUAUGACACUGAGGUUAUGACUUGGGAGGAAUUUGAGAGAAUCUUCCUAGGCAAGUAUUUUGGGGAAGUGGCUAAGCAUGCCAAGAGGAUGGAGUUUGAGCACCUCAUCCAAGGAACCAUGUCAGUGCUGGAGUAUGAGUCACGUUUCUCAGAGUUGUCUCGUUUUGCUUUGAGGAUGAUCAGUGAGGAAGGAGAAAAGACUAGGAGGUUCCAGCAGGGGUUGAGGCCUGCUAUUAGGAACAGAUUAGUCUCACUGGCAAUAAGGGAUUAUUCUGAGUUGGUUAAGAGGGCUUUGUUGGUGGAGCAGGACAUUGACGAAACCAACCAAAUUCGAGAGCAAAAGGGGGACAGAAAAGGGAAACAAAGAAUGGGGGAAAGAGACCAUUUAUGGAGGGCUUGCCCAUUGCGAGGCACACAGCAGGCUCGACCUCAGUCUCAGGGAAGUUCUCAGCAACAGUCAGUAGUGUCUUUCCAGCCCCCUCAGUUUCAGUUGCCUUACUAUCAGAUGCCACAAUUACCCCCAGCAGCGCAAGGAACCAGGACAACUACCACGAGUCAGACCCGCUCUUCUCAAGGGUCGAAUGCUAAAGGUAGGGGAAGGCAGGCAGCAGGAAGAGUUUUUGCCUUGACCUCAACAGAGCCAGAGGAGGAUGCCCUUUUAGUGGAAGAAAGGGUAGAGAAUUUGUUACUUAUUGAGUCUCCUAUGGGUACGAACUCUAGAGUUGAUAGAAUAUGCAAGGGGUGUGUUAUUACCUUGGCAGAUAGAGCACUAAAUGUGGAUUUGAGGAUUUUGGAUAUGAUUGGGUAUGGUGUUAUUUUGGGAAUGGAUUGGUUGGCAGUGUAUAGAGCGGUUAUUGAUUGUCAUCGCCGCAGGAUAAUAUUUUGUUUGCCAGAGGGAUUUGAGGUUUGUUUUGUUGGAGGGAAGUGUGUUAGUUUGCCUUUUUCGCAGUCCGAUCCGUGCUAUCAGUAUGUGUUGAGGAAAUGA